GUGAAGAAAAACUUGAAGAGCGCAUGCGUGCGCUGGCCCGCUUCUUUUUCCUCUCUGGCCAGCUGAAGGCAAGAUGGGUCACCAGCAGCUCUACUGGAGUCACCGGCGCAAGUUCCGCCAGGGCUCUCGCUCUUACCCCGUCUGCUCUAACCGCUACGGUCUGAUCCGAAAAUACGGGCUGAACAUGUGCAGUCAGUGCUUCCGUCAGUACGCAAAGGACAUAGGCUUCAUUAAGUUGGACUAAGCAACCUUGGAUGGAUUAUUCAAGACUGUCUACCCAGUGUAACAGAUCAUGCUAGUCUUUGUACAUAAAGAAUAAAAAAAUGGAGACCUUCAAAAAAAAAAGAAAGGAAGGAAGGAGGUGUGGUUAAGGAAUGGGAAGAGAGGAGGGAAGGGAAUCUGGUUGGUAAUUUAAAAAAUUUUAAAAGAGUUUACUGGCUUUUUUUUAAACUUUGAAUGUUGAUGGCAGCAGGGAAUUCAGAAUUGAUAAAGCCUCAUGUUUAAUUUGUAUUUACAUUAACUCUAGCUAUAGUAUCACUGUAAGGACAUUAUAGUUAUGAAUGCUGCCUCUUUAAGGAGUGCUCACUAGAAAACUAGUUUGAAAAUCAUUUUGAGGAUCACUAAAAAUUAAUGAAAAGAAAAUAAAUAAUCAUGAAAAUAAUGUGGAUUGUAGAUCCAAGCUUGGAAGAUGGAAGAUCUUUAUGUUAGAAUGAACAAGAUUGGUAUGAAGAUGCACAUCUGUAAUCAUAGCACUUGAGGCAGAACAAUCAUGAGUUCAAGGCCAGCCUGAGCUACAUAGUAAGACCCUGUCUCAAACAACAAAGAAGGCUGUAGUAAAGCAAUAUUAAAAGCUAUAGACCUUUCAGUCAUUGAACACGUGGAACAUGUAUGUCCUAGAAACAGUAAAUGGGAAAUGAGUAAUUGUUUCUUUCCUCAUAUAGCUAACAACACAGAUUACUAUCUGAUACAUUUAAAAUAAGCAAUAAGUUACAUCAAAAGUACUGUGAAGUAACUGAGGCUAAUGAAGGUUUUAAUAAAGCUUUGCAGCACGGUAAAUUUUGAAUGUCAUUGAAGUAAUUUCCAAAUAGCUGACAGGGAAAUAGGAACUAAAUUAGUUAUUCUGAUGAAGAGGCAGAACAUAUAAAAAUAUAUGUGUAUUAGAAGGUUUUAUAAGCUGAAAACCAGUUUGGGUGUAACAGAUUAAGAGUCUGAGAUGUGGUACUCUAUCUAGUCAAAAAUUGGCUUUUAGUCCCACGGGUAAAUAUGAAAACUGUGUUUUAGAGUAACUGCACAGUAGCAUUAGAACUGCUAGUUACAUUAUCCACACAAGAUAAGGAAAGUGUGGCUAACCUGUAAAUUCCAUACAAUUUUAAAAUAUGAAUCUAGUUUAAAGUAGUUGCUCUUUGACAGACUGCUUUUUUUUUACCUGAACUUUUGUUUUGACUAUGUUGCUCUUGUAAUUUCAAUUAAAGCAAACCAAACCAAACAAACAAAAAGGUCAGAAUGGAUGGAGGAAGGGGAUUCAAUAAGAAAUUAAUAUAAUCAUAUAUUCAAAUCACAUAGGAAAGCUGGGCUAUAAAAAGCAGCUGAAGGGGAGCAAGAAGACUUUAAAGGUGAAAUAAAAACAAAGACAAGGCAAUGAAUAUGUAACAGAAAGGAUGAGGGAGUCAGUGUUACUGAUCCUGCCGGCUUCCGGAUAUGCUUGAGAUGCAGGACCAAGUGUAGACUUUGAGCAGAUAGAGUAAGUUUGAUGCUAGAAAAGUUAAACUUGAGGUGCCUGUUGGCUCACAGGCUAUCUGGUUAGGUAGUUGGAAAUACAUGUAGCUAUCCAGGAAACGGAACUAGAGAGAGAGCUAGGAGUCAUCUUCAUACUUGUGCUAAUUGAAAUUACAAAGUUGAACACAGAAGGUUUAUAAAAAUAAGCCAAGAAUUAUGAGAGACACUUGCUAUGGUUUAAUAACCCACUAAUUUCCUUCUAAAGCAUCCUAGAAGAGUUUUUAUUUAUUCAUUCAUUCAAAUAUUUCAGAUGCUGGGCUCUACCUUGUAAAACCUUGCAUCACCUAAUCCUGGGAGUUACUCAAUUACUUUGUUUUUUACAUUUUGCUUGAAAAUGGAAGGUCAGGAAAACAAGGGGAUUUCCUAAGAAAACAAGAGGUUAACACUUUACUUUGAAGCAGCUAAUUAUUAACAUUAAAUGAUACUUUGUAUCUAGACCUAGACAGCUUAGCUACACCUUUAACUUUCCAGUUAGUCAGGAGUUUUUAGUUGCAAUCCAAACUACACAUCCACCUGGCUACUUAAUACUGCCUGUGACCUUUAUCACUUGGCUUUUGUUUCUCUUGCUGCCAGCCCCUCUCAUAAAAGCUACCCAAUCACUUAGUUUCUACUCUCUAAACAUUUUGGGUCUUUUAAAUCAAAGGUAAUAUCGGGUUGUUUUGUUUUUUCCUGUUGUCUAAUGGUAAGAGGGAUUAGAAGGAGAGGGGAAGUGAAGAUUACCAUUUAUUUUAGAGCAGUGUUUCUCAACCUCUAGGUCAUGACCCCUUAGGGUCAAAUGACCCUUUCACAGGAGUCAGCUAAGACCACUGCAUAUCAGAUUUUUUUUUGUUUUUUGUUUUUUUGU